CCAGAUUCGUCUCCCAAGCAAAUCUCCAGAAAGGCUUCAAAAUGCCUCCUUCACCACAAACAGUGCGUUCCUGUCCACCACUUCUUCAACCCUUGUCUCCAUUCCUCCACCCGACGAACCCACAAAUGGAACCCCGCAUCGCAUUGUCGCAUUGCAUUGCAUCGCAUUCCCCAAACCCAACCCAACCCAACCCACUCCAACCUCCCCAAAAUCCCCAAGCUAACAAAACCAAAAAAAUACCCUACUUGUAGACAAAACUAACCAGCACCCUCCACCUCCUCAUCCCGCGCCUCCGACUCCUCCAAAAAAAGGACACCGCCAGCAGCGUGAUCCAGCGCCGCGACCUGUCCGCUUUACUGGCGGAAGGGCGCGACACCAGCGCCCGCAUCCGCGUCGAGAAUGUCAUCGCCACCGACAUCGCCGUCGAGGUCAUGGAGAUGGUCGAGCUGUACUGCGAGCUCUUACUGGCGCGGGCGAAUGUGUUGGACCAGGCGGCAUUUGGGGAGAAGGGGGUGCAAGCUCGGAAUCGCGCUAAAGUUGUAGCCGCUGCUACUGCUGCUGCUGGGGGGGCAAAUAAGCAUUCGGUGCAG